AUGAUGGAAGACGUGGCGUGGGUGUGUGAAGUCUGUCAAGAACAGAUCGAGGGGAUCAUAUGGCAAUGCAUGCGAGGUCAUCUCUUCUGCGGCGACUGUUGCACUCUGAUGCUAUCCGAGACUGGUCAGCAAAAAUGCAGGGCAUGUGGGGCGACGAUGGAUGGAUACCGGAACAGAGCCUUAGAGCGAUUGAGAGAAAAGGCGGCGAGCAAAGAAAGUCACGACAGUGAAGGUGUGAUGCGAAGGCGGAAGGCAGGGGAGGAGGUGUAUGCGAUGUGGAGCAAGUUCAUCAAGAGGGUAGACAACAAGAGAGUCCAAGACCCUCCUGUCCAAUGCAAAGAGGAUGAAAAGGGGAAGGGCCAACAGAAGCUUGAUAGGAGGCUUGAGUGGCUCACGUGGGUUGUGUUUGCACUCAUUGGCUUGUGCGGCAUCUUGAUCUUAACGCUCUCAUUCCUUAUCGUCACACACGCUCUCAGCGGCCUCGGGUCAAGUUUGAUUCCUCCGGCCUCGUCGUCUCACAGAGUGAAUGUCUCUCAUCCCGGGUCCUUGCACAACAUCGGCGGUGUUGUACACAACCACUCCAGCGCGGAUGAGGCCGGAGACGAGGAGCUUGAGGACGAGCAUGAACUUUUCGACAAUAUGACUGCCGCAAGGAGCGAGAACGAGCUCAACUGGGCUUACAUUCCUGUUCCUCGCCCGCUCCCAAAAUGCAACUUUAGAGAAGGCGACGUCGUCGUCAUCGAAUGGACUUGGGUCAUCAUGGCUGACUCCAUGGGUUUUGCCUUCCAAGACUCCCUGAGAGGCGUCGAUAAAUUUGACCAUCACGGCAACCAUGACCUCGAGUACGGGGUCUGGGUCUGUUUGAUUCCUGAAGCCAUCGUGCGGCAGCCUUGUGUCAACUAUCUCCCCAACGGAGAAUCGGAUCUUGCGUGCUUCAAGUUCCAUGAACACAAGCGCGAGUUUCACUUCUGGCGGUGGAACUUCGGGCCUGAGAAAGGAUACACGCCUGUGUCAUGGAAGGAAGUGCAGGACGGCAGGCCUGUUCAGUGCGACUUCAAACCAGGGCAGAGAAUCACUAUCACAACCAGCGAGAUCGAGCACAUGUGGAGGACGCAUCAUGCAUUCAACGGCUCGCUUCCCCCAUCGGCCGUGGAGGGAAACAAGAAGCGCUGGUGGUGCAUAGGACCUCACCUGAUGGCUGUCAUCCGCACGAGGAUAAGUCCAACUAAGGACUGGCUGACAAAGGAGUAUCUAGAGCAAGACACCUCCCUCAACAGACCAUGCUUGAAGUGGUCUUCUGAUCUUGGAAGCUACUAUGACUACUUUGCUUUUGACCUUGCGUGCAUGCGAUUUGACGAGGUGAACAAGAACUUCUACUUCUGGGAUUGGAACUCAAAGAGGACUGACCCCGGUAAGAUCGUUUAUAGCGUCGCCUAUCGGGCAGUGCGAAGACGAGGACCUUUGGUGAUGUGA